AUGUGUACCUGUAUGCCAGGGUUUGGUGGAAACGACUGCAGUCUCCUGGCCUGUGGGUCGCCCUUGAUCGAUUCUUCACAACGACCCACAGUUCCUUCCAACACGGGUUGUUCUAAGUGCGACGACGGAUUUGGUGGCUUUAACUGCAAUGUCUGUCAGACAGAUGCUGGGUGCCAGUCAAAAACACCCUCUCGCACAUCUUUCCUCGGCAACGAGAACAUGGUCUGCAAUAAGGAUCCCGAGGUCUAUUACGACUCCUUCAUGUCCUGCGCAGUCCGCGCCCCCGAGCUUACGGGCUUCUUCCCCGGAAACUACAGCCUCACGCUCGAUCUCAAUCCCGUCAAUAAGAGUGUGAACGCCCAGUUGUGGUUGGGACAGGCGGAACAGUUCUUCUGUAGCGCCCCCAAUUGCACCCUUGCAACCACUGAACAGAAUGGAGUCGUGCAGACCAAAUGGAAUUGUCCAGUGCUCAAGUGCAAUUGUAUCACACCCACGUUGAUGUGUGGAGGGGUCCCUGGGCCAGUCAUUACAUUGGGCGAUACGAUUGAUUCUCUCCAUGGACCGUUCUCGCUGACGUGUCCACAUGGCAGUAAGGAUUGCGACUUCUUUAUUGCGGAUCUAGCAGGAUUCUUCCCGACGGGUUUGAAAAUGGUCGACUGUGAUAUGGGCGAGUGUGUGUUCCCGUCCGAGAUGCAGUCGUCGGUCACGACCGUCAAGGCGACGAUGGCGCCGGGUGUGAUUGCUUGCCUGGCGAUUCUGGGUGCUUUGAUCCUUUUGUUGAUCGUCAUUUGCGCGGUCGCUCGCAGAAACCAGUUGAUUCUCAGCCGCACACCUUACACGCUUAACACCGAGGCCGCAUCGCUCGAGUUCCGCAAUGUCGGGUACACGCUCAACAAGGAUGGACUACAGAUCCUGAAUGGUAUCUCUGGAGCAGCCCCUGCAGGUGUGGUCUUGGCAGUGAUGGGUCCCUCUGGGGCGGGUAAAUCGACACUGGUGGAUAUUCUGGCGGGCAAACGCAAGGACGGAAAGGUGACGGGUCAGAUUCUGUUGAACGGCAAGCAGGUUCAUGAAAGCGAUAUUCGUCGGGCAGUUGGAUUUGUCGAUCAGGAGGAUACGUUGCCUCCAACCCAGACUGUGUAUGAGGCCGUGCUGUUCUCGGCUAUGCUACGUCUUCCGGAGGCGAUGCCGGUCUACCGAGUCCAUGAGCGUGUUGCGGAGGUCAUUGAGAUGUUGGGCUUGACACACUGCGCCAACCGAAGGAUCGGCAAUGUGACAUCGCGUGGUAUCUCUGGAGGUGAGAAGCGUCGAGUGUCGAUUGCGCUAGAACUGAUCACGCGCCCUCCGAUCCUGAUCCUGGACGAGCCAACCUCUGGUCUGGAUUCAUACAGUGCCCAUAUGGUGGUUGAGCAACUCUGUAAAUUGGCGGCUAGCAAGACUACGACGGUCAUUUUAACGAUUCACCAGCCUCGCUCGGAUAUCUUUUAUAUGUUUGACCAGACUCUGGUUGUCAGCAAGGGAUCCGCGUUGUACUUUGGACCUACGGAUACUGCUGCCGAUUACUUCCAACGUCGUGGACUAGUUUGCCCUCCCAACUACAACAUUGCGGACUAUUUGCUGGAUAUUGCGAUGAAUCAGGAGCUAGUUGCCAAAGCCAAGAGCUUUGAUGAUGUCGAGGGCGAGAAGGCGGGACUUACUUCUGGAGCUCAGGCACAUGUCUCUGGAAACGUCCUGUCCCGUCGCUCUGCUAACAACGCCCACAGCAACACCAACACCAGCGAAACCACGCGUAACUCGUAUGAAACCUCGGUCAGGAUGGAAGAAUUGGGAUCCUCUAGUUCAUCAACUGCCUCACUUUCCGACAACAGUCCGUUGAAGAAGCAAAAGACGGUCUACCCAUCGAGUUUCCUGACACAGCUCCGUGUGAUUAUGAAGCGCAACGUCCAGACCCUGAUUCGUGACAAAUCCCUCCUGGUUCUCCACCUGGCGGUGUCGAUCAUUUUGGGAGUCUUCAUCGGUGGCCUGUACUUCCGGGUGCCUAUGAACUUGGCCGGAUUCCAGAACCGCGCCGGCUCAUUGUUUUUCAUGCUCGCUCUUCUCGGCUUCAGCAGUAUCUCCGCCCUGGGCGCCUUCACGGACACACGUACGCUAUACAUCAAGGAGCGCUCGAACGGGUAUUACCCACCGAUGCCGUUUAUCAUCUCGACAUUGCUGUUCGAUCUGAUCCCUCUGCGUAUCCUGCCAUCGAUCUUCAUGGGCUGCAUUUCCUACUUUAUGAUCGGUCUCUCGCCCGUGCUGGAGACGUUCUUCAAGUUCCUGUUGAUCCUCGUGUUGUUCAAUGUCGCAACGGCGAUGUUCUGUCUGGUUAUCGCGGCCGCGGUCCGUACGACGGGUGUGGCAUCGUUAGCAUGCUCGAUCGUGAUGCUGUUCAUGAUGUUGUUCGGGGGGUUCAUGAUCAACUCUGGUAACAUCCCUGCGGCCUUGACCUGGAUCCAGUACCUGUCGAUGUUCAAGUAUGGGUUCGAGGCCUUGGCGGUGAACGAGGUGGCGACGUCCAAGUUGAUUGAUACGAUUCAGGGCGUUGCGUUUAAUGUGCCUGGAUCGUUGAUUUUGCAGAAGCUGUUUGGAUUCGAUCUGGGAGGAUACUGGAAGAACAUGAUUGUAUUGAUCGGGUACAACGUGUUGUUCAUCGUUGCAUUCUGGGCAAUCGUCAGCUUCCGACUCAAGGAGCGCAAGUAA